CUCUCUUUCGUGGGCCCCCUGAACCUCACCAUGACCCAGGCCCUCAAGUUCGCUGCCAGAGUGUUCCAUCGCGUCCGCUGUACUCCUGAGCUGAGCGCCUCGCGGGACUACAGAAACUACGACUCAGCACCCCGGCGCUUGGCAGACAUCCCAGGCCCCUCCACACCCAGCUUUCUGGCUGAACUUUUCUGCAAAGGGGGGCUGUCGAGGCUACAUGAGCUGCAGGUGCAGGGCGCUGCGCGCUUCGGGCCAGUGUGGUUGGCCAGCUUCGGGACGGUGCGCACGGUGUACGUGGCCGCUCCUGUCCUCGUCGAGCAGCUGCUGCGACAGGAAGGACCCCGGCCAGAACGCUGCAGCUUCUCGCCCUGGGUCGAGCACCGUCGCCACCGCCAGAGAGCUUGCGGACUGCUCACCGCGGAAGGCGAAGAAUGGCAGAGGCUCCGCAGUCUUCUGGCCCCGCUCCUCCUUCGGCCUCAAGCGGCCGCAGGCUAUGCCGGGACCCUGGACAGCGUGGUGCGUGACCUUGUGAGACGACUGAGGCGCCAGCGGGGACGUGGCACCGGGCCGCCCGCCCUGGUUCGGGACGUGGCGGGAGAGUUUUACAAGUUUGGACUAGAGGGCAUAGCCGCGGUGCUGCUGGGUUCGCGCCUAGGCUGCCUGGAGGCAGAAGUGCCGCCGGACACAGAAGCCUUCAUCCGCGCUGUGGGCUCGGUGUUUGUGUCCACGCUGUUGACCAUGGCGAUGCCCAGCUGGCUACAGCGCCUUGUGCCGGGGCCCUGGGUCCGCCUCUGCCGAGACUGGGACCAGAUGUUUGCAUUUGCCCAGCAGCACGUGGAGCGGCGAGAGGCAGAGGUAGCCAUGAGGAACCGAGGAAAGUCUGAGGAGGACAUGGGACCUGGGGCGCACCUGACCUACUUCCUGUUCCGAGAAGAGUUGCCUGCCCAGUCCAUCCUGGGGAAUGUGACAGAGUUGUUACUGGCCGGAGUAGACACGGUGUCCAACACACUCUCCUGGGCUCUGUACGAGCUCUCCCGGCACCCUGAAGUCCAGACAGCACUCCACUCAGAGAUCACAGCUGCCCUGGGCCCUGGCUCCAAUGCCCACCCCCCAGCCACUGCUCUGUCCCAGCUGCCCCUGCUGAAGGCUGUGGUCAAGGAAGUGCUAAGACUGUACCCUGUGGUACCUGGAAAUUCCCGUGUCCCAGACAAGGACAUUCAUGUGGGUGACUAUAUUAUCCCCAAAAAUACGCUGGUCACUCUGUGUCACUAUGCCACUUCAAGGGACCCUGCCCAGUUCCCAGAGCCAAACUCUUUUCGUCCAGCUCGCUGGCUGGGGGAGGACCCAGCCCCCCACCCAUUUGCAUCUCUUCCCUUUGGCUUUGGCAAGCGCAGCUGCAUAGGGAGACGCCUGGCAGAGCUUGAGCUACAAAUGGCUUUGGCCCAGAUCUUGACCCAUUUUGAGGUACAGCCUGAGCCAGGUGCUGCCCCAAUCAGACCCAUGACCCGGACUGUCCUGGUACCUGAGAGGAGCAUCAAUCUACAGUUUGUGGACAGAUAGUCCUGUGGAAGGAGGCUGUUAACAUCACC